UUUUAACCAUAAAUGGGAGUCCUCCUAUCCAAAAACAUCGGAAAUCCUUCUCAGUAUGAUCAUAUGACAGAUGAAGAAAUCCAUGAGGAAUUAGAAAAGAUUCGUCCUAGUGACUUUCCUUCGAUCAAUAAGUAUCAAAGUGCAACCCUCACAGAACGUCAGCUAUAUGCCCGAAUAAUGAAGAUAAAAUAAAGAUGCUUACUUGAGAAAUUUAAACGAUAAAAUGAAACACAAGGAAAUUAGGGACCUUCCAUUUUAUGAUGACUUCCCAAGAUAUUAUCUACUGAAAGGAAUGACAAGAGAAGAUAUGUUCGAAUUUAAGUUUGCUAAUGGAUUUAUGUCAGGAACUAUCUUCUGUGCCUUUGCGCAUUGUGUGUAUUAUCGAUAUGACUCCACGAGAUUCAAGACAUUCAGGAAUGCAAUUGCUGGAGGAUUGGUCUUAGCUUUCAUCAGAGGAACUUAUAAUUACAUAAAAUGGUACUCUGCAGUCCCACAAUUAAAUGUUGUCAAUGAUACAACAAAAAUGAGAAAUAUUUUUGAAAGAGAAACAGACAUGUUAGAUGGUGCUGAGUAUCAAGUAGCUGCUAGAAAAAAGUUGAUGCCUCACAGAGAAUUCCUGAGACGAGUAAAAGAAUUCAGAAAGUCUGCAAAAGAAGCUGCAGAAAAGGCUGAAAACAAGCAAGAAGAGUCAUAGAUGAAAUA